ACACUUCCACUCUUCAGUCACUGUCAAACUUUUAAUCAUAUGAUAAAGCUUCACAGCCAAACUAGCGACCGACUGUACAUGUAAUUUUACAAGUGAAAAUAUAAAUGAUAUAAUGGCCAAACAAAAGAACAACAAACCGAAACCGGUCGUCCACAGUGAUUCGACUGCAUUCCAAACCGUAUUAUUUUACUGCCUGUUAAUCAUCUUUCUGCCAAUUGUGACAUUCUUUUCGCUGAAAUACAUGUUAUUCGAUUCGGUCCUACAAGCCACAUCCAUACAAAGUAAUAUAUACUCAGCAGUAGCCGCUGUGAUUACGCUCCAUUUCGCUUUGGGGCUGUACUUAUACAGAGCCUAUUUCAAUGCUGAGAAAUCGGCUGCGGAAAAAGAAGACUAAAAGGGGUGGCGACAAUUUGUGAACAUACUCUUCGAACAGCAUGAAGAUACAAUAAAAACAUUUGGUGGAUUACAUAAAAUAAAAUCGCAAUUUUUAUUCUUUUUUUUAUUA